UCAGCGCAGCCGAAUCAAAACAAGCCGGAGACCCGCCUUUUCUCUCCGGCUCGGGAGCGUCUAGCUCGUGCCCCGGGCCCGCGGCGCCCGCGCUGCUGCGAGCCUCGGGUGGCCGCGCGCCGGCUCCAGGAAGCCGGAGAGUGCGCGGCGGCCCGCAUGGCGCGGCACGGGCCGCGCGGCUAGACGGGCGCUGAGGGACCGCAGGCUUGCGCCCUCCGUCCUUUCCCGGAGCGGGCUCCGCGCAGGGCCGGGAGCGGCCGCGCCGCUGGGAGCCGCCUUCGCUGACGCCGGGCACCUACCUGGACGCCCGCGAGCGAGAUGCCCAACCCCAAAAACAGCAAAGGGGGCCGCAAAAACAAACGCGCCAACAGCAGCGGCGACGAGCAGGAAAAUGGAGCCGGGGCCCUGGCAGCGGCGGGUGCGGCAGGAGCAGCGGCCGGGGGGGCCCUGGCGGCGGCGGCAGGCUGCGGGGCGGCGGCGGCAGGCGCGCCGGGCACCGGGGGCGCGGCGGGCGCCGGAGGCGCGGGGACUGGCGCCGCGAACGCCGCGGCCGCCGCGGGGGCUGCAGCAGCGGGCGAUGCCAAGAACGAAGCCCCAUGUGCCACUCCUCUGAUCUGCAGCUUCGGGAGGCCAGUGGACCUGGAGAAGGAUGACUACCAGAAGGUGGUGUGCAACAAUGAGCACUGCCCCUGCAGCACCUGGAUGCACCUGCAGUGCUUCUACGAGUGGGAGAGCAGCAUCCUCGUUCAGUUCAACUGCAUCGGCCGUGCACGCAGCUGGAACGAGAAGCAGUGCCGCCAGAACAUGUGGACAAAGAAGGGCUACGACCUGGCCUUCCGCUUCUGCUCUUGUCGCUGUGGCCAGGGCCAUUUGAAGAAGGACACAGACUGGUACCAGGUGAAGCGGAUGCAGGAUGAGAAAAAGAAGAAGUCUGGCUCUGAGAAGAACACAGGGCGGCCUCCUGGUGAGGCAGCAGAGGAGGCAAAAAAGUGCAGGCCCCCAAAUAAGCCCCAGAAAGGACCGAGCCACGACCUUCCCCGCCGGCAUUCCAUGGACCGGCAGAACUCCCAGGAGAAGGCAGUGGGUGCCUCGGCCUAUGGUGCCCGCUCCCCUGGUGGCUCCCCAGGCCAGUCACCACCCACAGGCUACUCCAUCCUCUCUCCUGCCCACUUCAGCGGCCCCCGCUCCUCCAGAUACCUCGGGGAGUUCUUAAAGAACGCCAUCCAUCUGGAGCCUCACAAGAAGGCCAUGGCUGGGGGCCAUGUGUUCAGAAAUGCCCACUUUGAUUACAGCCCCUCGGGGUUGUCAGUUCACAGGGGGGGACACUUUGACACCCCUGUGCAGUUCCUACGGCGGCUGGACCUCUCCGAGCUCCUCACUCACAUCCCUAGGCAUAAGCUGAACACUUUCCACGUGCGCAUGGAAGACGACGCCCAAGUGGGCCAAGGGGAGGACCUGCGGAAGUUCAUUCUGGCCGCGCUCAGUGCCAGCCACAGAAAUGUGGUAAACUGUGCCCUGUGCCACCGGGCACUCCCAGUGUUUGAACAGUUCCCACUGGUGGACGGAACUCUGUUCCUAAGCCCCUCGAGACACGAUGAGAUUGAAUAUGAUGUUCCUUGUCACCUUCAAGGGAGACUCAUGCACCUGUAUGCGGUGUGCGUGGACUGCCUGGAGGGGGUUCACAAGAUCAUCUGCAUCAAGUGUAAGUCGCGGUGGGAUGGCAGCUGGCACCAGCUGGGCACUAUGUACACCUACGAUAUCCUGGCUGCCUCUCCAUGUUGUCAGGCGCGCCUGAACUGUAAGCACUGUGGGAAGCCAGUGAUCGACGUGAGGAUCGGGAUGCAGUACUUCUCCGAGUAUAGCAACGUCCAGCAGUGUCCACACUGUGGGAACCUGGACUACCAUUUCGUGAAGCCAUUUUCCUCCUUCAAAGUUCUCGAAGCUUAUUGAUGAAAGCUUUGCUUUAGUAAUAGCUAUUUUAUUGAUAUUAUUACUUUAUUACAUAUCUUUUAUAGGGAAGCAUUCUGUGACAAUUUCUUUUCUAAUUUAAAGGAGAGUUACUUUGUUGUAUGUGUGCCACUAAAAUAGGGGCUGCCCUUGCCCUGUGUUGAUUCCCGAGUGUUAGUCUGUGGUUUUGACAAGAGCCCAGAUGGGUAAUCCUGUGCAUUUUGGUCAGGGUUCACUCUUAUCAAGAGUCUUUGAUGCAGCUUUAAGAUGAUGGGGAGGAUGGGGUGAACUUAGGAAAGGAAUUAUGUGGCUCUAAACUAAAAGCUUGAUAGGAGUUGGAAGGAAAUGCUUACUACAAUGUUAACUUUCUAAAAACCUACUUUGAGAUCUUCCUUGGGUCUUUGGAAGAAUAUGUGACAAGUGAAUGUAAGUCUGUGCCUGGAGAGCCAUUAGUCUAUCUCAGCCUAGUGUUCUGCAGCACACGUGGGCAGGCAGUUUACUCCCACUGACAGAUGACCUGAAAGUGGUACCAGUGCUGUUUCUAUCACUAUUGUAAUUUGCCAAUCCAUUUUUCAUGCUGAAAAUAAUAUCCAAAUUGUAAGACAUAUGAAAGAUAUUAGUGUUGCAGGUAUUGGUAAACUGACCUAUAACAGAAUAUGUGAAAUGGAUUUGGAAAUAAUGCAAGACGGCAGAACUCAAUCAUUUGAAUUGUGUCUUUGAAGUUGGUAAAAUAGCUCUUAGGGAGAAUCCAGGAAUAACAUGAUUUGGGCAAUGAUGAUUUAAUACAGGUUGCCCUGUUGAAGUGUCAUUUCGUGUCAGAUUCUUCUCACAGAUAAAUCUCUCAGCCACAGAAUCUAACUGGUGAGCUUCAGAACCAAUAGUUGCACACUUAACUGUCCUCAAAAUUGCUUAUGGCCAUUUUUAACCCAUUUAAUUCUGAGUUUCCAAAAGCAAAGAUUUGACCUUAAGAGGGAAGGAAAAAAAAUGUGAAAGGAUGAUGAAGAAAAUAAUCAUUUUACUAUUUCUUUUAAAAGUGUGUUUUAUUUGGGAAAAUCAAUGAUUGUAAUGUACAGCAGUAUGUUUGAAAAAUAGACCAUUCUAAAAAGCCCAUGAUACCUUACUCUUGAUGAAAAAAGAUGAUCAUAUAUAUAUAUAAAACUUGAUUAGUCAAAGCAUUGGGCAUUCCAAAAUACAGCCUUUGGUUCAGUAGAUUCUGAUGCAUUGAAUAGACUGACAUCCCAUACCCUUAGAGAAUUGGAAUAUGAUUUCUCAAAAGUGAAUUUGAUAAUUUCAUGUAUGAUAUGCAUAGAGAAUGCUAAAAGAAUGCUGAAAAAUAAUUUUAUGAAUAGCCAAAUUUGGCAUUGAUAUGAACAUUUUAUAUUACUCAUUUACCUUUUUUUUUUAUUAUGUGGCUUUUCUUUUCAGAAGCAUUUAGGCAAUAUUGCAAGUCAGCUUCAGUUCUAUAUGAAGUAUUUGAUGUUUUGUUUGAAACAACACAGCAUUAACCAGUGUAUUGACUAAUACUUUUCAUCUUUCAGUUUGGAUGAUUGGGUUUGCUACAUGAAGGUUGGUAUUUGAUCAUCUGAAAAAUAUUUCAGUAGGAAGAAAUGCAUAAAAUGCCUAUAAGAAGUAGAAGGUCAUUGAACUGACAGUGUUUGAUGCAACUAAAAGAGGACUGUAGGACAUAGCUUCCUGCAAACUUUUCUUUAAUGCACAAAGCUGUAGUUGUGAAUUAACUGUUUCCUUAUUGAUUCUCUCAUGUACCCAGAUACAAAAAGUGCUAAGUUUCUCUUGUCCUCGUAAUACCAUUUGGAUUUUAUUUCUGAAUUUAAAAUAAAUAGUGAAAUAUUUACAGUGCUGAUCUUUAACCCACCUAAAAUUUUAUAGUGAAACCUGCUUUAUAUUGUUGUUCUGAAGCUUACAGUUGACCUAUACACGCUCCUGAAUUUAGAACUGCUGUCGGUGUAGUAUAUGCUGUGUUCCAUGUUGCCUUUUUAGAUGGCUUUCUACCCCCUGAAAAAUAAAUAUGAUGAGGUUUUAUGGUCAUUGGGUAAAAUUUUCUCUUGGACAUUAUUUCGUUGAUAAAGUUAGGAUUCUGUGGAUUCUUUAUUCAGUUACAUAAAGAGAAAAGCAUGAAGAGCAUGAAGCGUAUCUGAGAAUAUCUUUUGCCUUUAAGACGAUUCAUUCUUGUCUGGAGGGAAAAUUUGGCUGAUGUGGGAAUAAAAUAUAAUUGAGUAUUCAACACCAUGAAGAUAAAUCUUAUUUUGCACAUCUGCUGACCUUAAUACCCCAGACUUUUCCUGAAUACUUUGAUUGGAAUUGGAAUAUAUAAAAAAAAGAAUAUGAUUUUUGUUGUGAUUAGGAUACUAAAAGGAUAUUAGUUACUCAAGAGAUCCAAUUUCUGUUUUUCUGAUGAAUAGUGUUCAGUAACAUGAAGCAGUCUUAAGAGUGACUAAUAAUUGCAAAGUGAUUUUUCAUCUACUGUUAGUAUUUUUUAAUUAUUUAUUUUUAAGUGUUUUAUACCUUGAACAAGUACAAUGAUAUGCUUUAGUUUAGUGAGAGGACAAUUUCUGAUUGAUAGUUUUCUCUUCAGGCUAUCUCACCUCUUCACUCUCUUGUCACAUUUGAAGCAGGCAAUAUACUGGGUUUAUACUUUAAAAGAUGGUGCCAUGAAGUUGAGGGGUUGAGUAAAUUAUCCUGUUCUAAUUGCAGAGGAGCUUUCCUCAAAUGCCCUGUAACUUCUAGUUUUUGUGCAAGAAGUUCAUUUUCUGAGUAAAAGUUAUUUUCAUAUACGUUGGUGGAAAAUUCACUUAUCAAAAAAUAAUCUUAUUAGGUAUUUGAACUCUAAAACUAACAGAUAAGACUGAUAUGUACCUUAUUAGAGCACCAAAACUAAUUUGCCAAAGUCUUCUGUUUAGUCCUGCAAGACCGAUGCCUAACACACAGCCCGUUCUCCUGUGUCUAGAUCAAGAACUCCAGUUUGCUUUCCUGUUUAGUGUCCUGGUAGCAGCUGUUGAGUAACUUUCAUUGGAGGUUGGGAAGGAAGUAAGGAGAAAGUGUUCUUGUUUAGUGUUUAUUUCCUAUAAUAGGAUGCUGCCCAACCCAGUUCAUCUCCAUGUCCUGUUGACUGAAUAUUCCAGGUAAUUGAAAGUAAAUAUAAUGGAUGGGCUCCAUUAAAACUAGCUCAAAAAUAAAUUCCUGUCAGUAAAGAUUUCUUGUCAAGAUGUCUUGGAUUGCACUUUUGUUGAGGAAAGACAGUGUAAAUAGUUAAAGAAUGUUGAUAAAGUUGAGACAUUUGGUUGUGGAAUUGUAUGUGGUUUUAGAGGGUUUCUGUUUGUGAAAUGUAUGUAUUAAAAAUAAUAAAAUUCCAGAAACUAACAUUUUA